UUCAUGCGAUGUUGACGUGAUGUGGCGUCCACACCAAAUUCUCUCUCUCUCUCUCUCUCUCUCUCUCUCUCUCUGGUCUUUCCUCCACCUAUUUUUCGGUAUUUUCACUCCCCAACUGACACCGCUACUUUUCCUAUAAACCUUGGCUUCCUGAUCAGACACACUCGAGAAGCUACCCACUAGAUCUCUCUCUCUCUCUCUCUCUCUCUCGUCUAGAUCUCAUUGUGAUGGCAACCAAACCACCUGAAGAAGCCCCAGAAACCUUGAAAUACCAGAAAUGGAUCUUGAAAGUCUCAAUCCACUGCGAAGGUUGCAAGAAGAAAGUCAAGAAAGUUCUUCAAAGCAUUGAAGGUGUUUAUACGACCACUGUGGAUUCUCAGCAGCAUAAGGUUACAGUGACCGGUAACGUGGACGCAGAUACUCUAAUCAAGAAGCUUCUGAGAUCAGGAAAACACGCCGAGCUUAUUCCUGAGAAGAAAGAGAAGUCUGGAAAAUCAAAGAAUAACGAAAAGCAGAAGGGUGAGAAAAAUAAUCCUGAAGAAGAUGACAAUGAUAAUAAAGACUCUGAAUUAGAAGGUGGUGAUCAGGUAGAUGAAGACGAUGGUGAAAUUGAGGAGGAAGCUGGAGGGAACGGUGGUGGAGGAGAAGGAGGAGCCAAGAAGAAGAAGAAGAAGAAGAAGAAGAAAGGGCAAACCGGCAAUCCGGCCACCAACGACGCCAGUCAGAAUUCCGGCAAUAAUGCACAGGCAGGCAGUAAUAAUUCUCCGGCAGCUCUCCAUGACAAGCCGGCACCAUCCCUAGCGGCGAUGAAUCUCAGUCCCCCUCGUCAACAUCAUGUGUAUCCAUAUCCACCAUCUAUGUAUCAUCAUCCUCCACCACCACUCUACGGAAUGAGUUACAAUACGGCGUACCCUAGCGCUAGCACUGCUACUGCAUAUUAUGCCCCAGCUCCCAUGCAUGCCAACAGUAAUACGUACUUCCACCCAGAGAUCUACCCGCCGCUACUACCACUUUCCCAUCCGAUCGACUCGUAUGCUGACGACGACGACCAGAGCCAAUGCUCACUCAUGUGAUGAUCAACUCGUGAUCAGGGCCAAAAUGUGGGCCUAUAUAUCUCUGAUCAUGAGAUUUUAAUGACAUAAACUUUACUGAGCGAUGGUCGGAAAGGAUAAAAAUUUGUAAAGAUGGAUUAAGAUCAUAUGAGAGAUUAGGGAGUAGUAAAGUAGCGAAAAAAUAAGAGAGGGGGCCAGGGUUGUUUAGGGGCACUUAUAAGAGGGUGUGUUUAGUGGGUUGUCUUUAUUUAGCUUUGUUAACUGCUUUUGGGCCGGGGGGGUUUUCUUAAGCUUAAGCCAAU